CCAGGAAGGAGGAACUGCAGUGCUAGCUGCUGGGAGAGGAGCCACUUGCUGCUCGCCUGUGAAACCUCCUGAGAAGCUAGAAAGAUUCACUGUCUGCAAACCUGACUCCUGUGCUUAGUUCUUGGACAGCCUGUGAGGGACUCUGUGCCGGGAGGCAAAUGACAGUUCUGUGAAUGGCGCUGCAUCCCCAGGAAUCACUGACCAUUGAAGAUGUGACCAUAACAUUCACCCCAGAUGAAUGGGCCCUACUGGACACUCCUCAGAGGAAGCUGUUCAGAGAUGUGAUGUUGGAGAACAUUAAUCACCUCCUAUCCCUUGGAUUCCAGCUCUGUGAAUCAGAUCUAAGUUUUCUUUCAGUGGAGAAAGAACUGCUCUGGAAGGCGGAAGGGAGAGUUUUUCCCCAACUUCAGAGUCCAGAAAGAAAGAGCACCCAUGAAACACUAGAAAAGAAAAGGGCUCAAACUAUUCGAAGAAAUGACAGAACCAUCAUCAAAGCAAUGACUUAUUCUCUUCAGAGCAGAGUUACAAAGGAACAAGCAGAGGGGCUUCAGACGAGCCCACAAUACGGAUGGUGCUGAAAACAGUGCAGGCUGCAAAGAGUUAGAUCCUUCAAUGAGCUUUAAGAAGUGAAUCUGCAUGAAACUACCUGACUCACAGAAGCAUCUCAUGAGCAUUGCAAUAGUGCACAAGUUAAUGUUACCUCCUGCUAAUGGCCACA